CCCCGGCACCAUGGGGCACCGGCCCCUGGGCCCCAGCACCGCCCCUUAGCGCCCCGCACGGCCCGCGCCGCCGCCAGGCAUGGAGCCGCACGUGCUGGGCGCUGUGCUCUACUGGCUGCUGCUGCCCUGCGCGCUCCUGGCCGCCUGCCUGUUCCGUGUCAACGCGCUGUCGCUGGUCUACCUGCUGUUCCUGCUGCUGCUGCCCUGGUUCCCGGGCCCCACCCGGCGCAGCCUCCGAGGUCACACGGGCCGCCUCCUCCGGGCCCUGAUCUGCCUCAGCCUCCUCUUCCUGGUGGGCCACCUCACCUUCCAGAUAUGUCUGCACACUGUGCCCCGCCUGGACCAACUCCUGGGACCCAGCUGUGGCCCGUGGGAGAACCUCACGCGGCACGUGGGGGUCACGAGGCUGGACCUGAGGGACGUUCCCAACACCAUCCGGCUGGUGGCCCCCGACCUGGGCAUCCUGGUGGUCUCCUCCGUCUGCCUGGGCCUCUGCGGGCGGCUGGCGCGGAAAAGCCGGCAGGGCCCGCACGCCCGCGAGCUGGACGAUGACGUGGACACAGGCCCCACAGCGGGGCUGCAGGGAGCCGCUGCACCAGCCCCUAAGCAGAGGUCACGGCUGGCCGCCCGGUUCCGGGUCACAGCCCACUGGCUGCUGGUGGCCGCCGGACGCACCUUGGCCAUAAUGCUGCUCGCUCUGGCAGGCAUCGCCCACCCCUCGGCCCUCUCCAGCAUCUACCUGUUGGUCUUCCUGGCCAUCUGCACCUGGUGGGCCUGCCACUUUCCCAUCAGCCCCCUGGGCUUCAACACACUCUGCGUCAUCGUGGGCUGCUUUGGCGCCGGCCACCUCAUCUGCCUCUACUGCUACCAGACGCCCUUCGCCCAGGCCCUGCUCCCGCCUGCGGGCAUCUGGGCCAGGGUGUUUGGUCUCAAGGACUUCGUGGGCCCCACCAACUGCUCCAGCCCCAACGCACUGAUCCUCAACACCGGCCACGACUGGCCCGUGUACGUGAGCCCCGGGGUCCUGCUGCUGCUAUACUACACGGUGACCUCUCUCCUGAAGCUGCGGGGGCCCCGCCCCUCUGCCCAGACAGCGCACGCGGAGCGGGAGCUGGAGCUGGCCGACCUGGACCCGUGGCCCCAGGACGGGGAGGCUGCGCAGCACACGGGGCCCGCACCCACGGCGCCCGACAGCGAUGCCGACAGCUGCAUCGUGCACGACCUGACCGGCCAGACCCCUGUCCGACAGCGGCCCCCGCGCCCCGGGCGGGCUGAGCCGAGGGAGCCGUCCCCACUGCACGGCCUGGGCCACCUCCUCAUGGAGCAGAGCUACGUGUGCGCCCUCAUCGCCAUGAUGGUGUGGAGCAUCACCUACCACAGCUGGCUCACCUUCGUGCUGCUGCUCUGGGCCUGCCUCGUCUGGACGGUGCGCAGCCGGCGGCAGCUGGCGGUGCUGUGCGCGCCCUGCGUGCUGCUGUACGGGCUGGCGCUGUGCGGCCUGCGCUACGUGUGGGCCAUGGACCUGCGCCCCGAGCUGCCCGCCUCCCUGGGCCCCGUCAGCCUGCGCCAGCUGGGGCUGGAGCACACGCGCUACCCCUGCCUGGACCUCGGCGCCAUGUUGCUCUACACGCUGACCUUCUGGCUCCUGCUGCGCCAGUUUGUGAAGGAGAAGCUGCUGCGGGGGGGCAAGGCCACGGCCGAGCUGACGGAGGUCACCACGGCGGACGCAGAGCCCACGCGGGUGCAGACGCUGCUGCGGAGCCUGGGCAAGCUGGUGCAGGGCGUGUACGCCAAGUACUGGAUCUACGUGUGCGCCGGCAUGUUCAUCGUGGUCAGCUUCGCCGGCCGCCUGGUCGUCUACAAGAUCGUCUACAUGUUCCUCUUCCUGCUCUGCCUCACCCUCUUCCAGGUCUACUACAGCCUGUGGCGGAAGCUGCUCAAGGUGUUCUGGUGGCUGGUGGUGGCCUAUACCAUGCUGGUGCUCGUGGCCGUGUACACCUUCCAGUUCCAGGACUUCCCCACGUACUGGCGCAACCUCACGGGCUUGACCGACGAGCAGCUGGGCGACCUGGGCCUGGAGCAGUUCAGCGUGUCCGAGCUCUUCUCCAGCAUCCUCAUCCCCGGCUUCUUCCUGCUGGCCUGCAUCCUGCAGCUGCACUACUUCCACCGGCCCUUCAUGCGGCUCACCGACCUGGAGCACGUGCCCCCGCCCCACGCCCGCCGCCUGCACUGGGCUCGCAGGCAGGACCCCACGGGCGGGACCCCGCUGCUGCAGCAGGAGGAGGAGAAGGCACCUGGGGCCGAGGGGCUGACCUCGGCCGGCCUCGGCCCAGCCACGCAGGUGCCUGAGGGCACAGCCAGCAAGUGGGGCCUGGUGGCCGAGCGGCUGCUGGACCUGGCGGCCGGCUUCUCCGGGGUCCUCGCUCGCGUGCAGGUGCUGGCGCGGCGGCUGCUGGAGCUACACGUCGUCAAGCUGGUGGCCCUGUACACCGCCUGGGUGGCCCUGAAGGAGGUGUCGGUGAUGAACCUCCUGCUGGUGGCGCUGUGGGCCUUCGCCCUGCCCUACCCCCGCUUCCGGCCCAUGGCCUCCUGCCUGUCCACCGUGUGGACCUGCAUCAUCAUCGUGUGCAAGAUGCUGUACCAGCUCAAGGUCGUCAGCCCCCACCGCUACUCCAGCAACUGCACCGAGCCCCUCCCCAACAGCACCAACCUGCUGGCGACAGAAAUCAACCAGUCCGUGCUGUACCGGGGGCCCGUGGACCCUGCCAACUGGUUUGGGGUGCGGAAGGGCUUCCCCAACCUCGGCUACAUCCAGAACCACCUGCAGAUCCUGCUGCUGCUGACCUUCGAGGCCGCGGUGUACCGGCGCCAGGAGCACCACCGCCGGCAGCACCGGCUGGCCCCGCUGCCUGCCCAGGCCGUGUGUGCCGAGGGCACCCGCCAGUGGCUCGACCGCGACCUGCUCAGCUGCCUCAAGUACUUCAUCAACUUCUUCUUCUACAAGUUCGGGCUGGAGAUCUGCUUCCUGAUGGCGGUGAACGUGAUCGGGCAGCGCAUGAACUUCAUGGUCCUCCUGCACGGCUGCUGGCUGGUGGCCAUCCUCACCCGCCGGCACCGCCGGGUCAUCGCCCGCCUCUGGCCCAACUACUGCCUGUUCCUCACGCUCUUCCUGCUCUAUCAGUACCUGCUGUGUCUGGGCGUCCCCCCGGCCCUGUGCAUGGACUACCCGUGGCGCUGGAGCCAGGCCAUCCCCAUGAACUCUGCGCUCAUCAAGUGGCUGUACCUGCCUGACUUCUUCCGGGCCCCCAACUCCACAAACCUCUUCAGUGACUUCCUGCUGCUGCUCUGCGCCUCUCAGCAAUGGCAGGUGUUCGCAGCCGAGCGCACGGAGGAGUGGCAGCGUGUGGCCGGCACCAACACUGACCGCCUGGAGCCGCUGCGGGGGGAGCCCAAUCCUGUGCCCAACUUCAUCCACUGCAGGUCCUACCUCGACAUGGUGAAGGUGGCCGUGUUCCGUUACCUGUUCUGGCUGGUGCUGGUGGUGGUGUUUGUCACGGGGGCCACGCGCAUCAGCAUCUUCGGGCUGGGCUACCUGCUGGCCUGCUUCUACCUGCUGCUGUUCGGCACCAGCCUGCUGCGGAAGGACACACGGGCGCAGCUGGUGCUGUGGGACUGCCUCAUCCUCUACAACGUCACCGUGAUCAUCUCCAAGAACAUGCUCUCGCUCCUGUCCUGCGUGUUCGUGGAGCAGAUGCAGACGAGCUUCUGCUGGGUCAUCCAGCUCUUCAGCCUCGUGUGCACCGUCAAAGGCUACUACGACCCCAAGGAGAUGAUGGCCCGAGACCAGGACUGUCUACUGCCCGUGGAGGAGGCCGGCAUCAUCUGGGACAGCAUCUGCUUCUUCUUCCUGCUGCUGCAGCGCCGAGUCUUCCUCAGCCGCUACUUCCUGCACGUCAGGGCCGACCUGCAGGCCACGGCCCUGCAGGCCUCCAGAGGCUUCGCCCUCUACAAUGCUGCCAGCCUCAAAAGCAUCGACAUCCACCGCAAGGCAGAGGAGAAGUCCUUGGCCCAGCUCAAAAGACAGAUGGAGCGCAUCCGCGCCAAGCAGGAGAAGCACCGGGCAGGCCGCGGCUGCCCGGAGGACCCCGGCCAGGAGCCGGGGCCUGGCGGUCCAGGGGGCUCUUCCCUGCCACGGAGACAGUGGUGGCGGCCCUGGCUGGACCACGCCACAGUCAUCCACUCCGGGGACUACUUCCUGUUUGAGUCGGACAGUGAGGAGGAGGAGGAGGCCCUGCCUGAGGACCCCAGGCCCUCGGCACAGAGUGCCUUCCAGAUGGCGUACCAGGCGUGGGUGACCAACGCCCAGACCGUGCUACGGCGGCGGCGGCGGGAGCAGGCCCAGCAGGAGCAGGCGGGGCAGCCGUGCCCGGGAGGUGGCCAGAACCAGGAGCUGGAGCCGGAGGAGGACCCCGAGGAGGAGAUGGCAGGCCGCAGCCACGUGAUGCAGCGGGUGCUGAGCACGGCGCAGUUCCUGUGGGUGCUGGGGCAGGCGCUGGUGGACGGGCUCACGCACUGGCUGCGCGACUUCACCAGGCACCACCGCACCAUGAGCGACGUGCUGCUGGCGGAGCGCUACCUCCUCACGCAGCAGCUUCUCCGGGAUGGAGAGGUGAACCUGGGCGUCCUGGACCAGCUGUACACGGGCGAGGCCGGGGCUGUGCUGCCAGCACCCGUGGAGGCCCACCACGCGCCGAGCACAGCGUCCAGCGGGCUGGGGGCCGAGGAGCAGCUGAGCAGCAUGACUGAUGCCAGCAGCCCCCUGAGCACCGGCUACCACACGCGCAGCGGCAGCGAGGAGGUCGUCACUGACCCCGGGGAGGCCAAGGCUUCCCUCCGCGGCUCCCAGGAGCUUCCGGCCGGCGCUCGCAUCCGCACACGCACGGCCAGCGAGCUGCUGCUGGACAGGUGUCUGCGCAUCCCGGAGCUGGAGGAGGCGGAGCGGUUCGCAGAGGGCCAGGGCCGGGCGCUGCGGCUGCUGCGGGCCGCGUACCAGUGCGUGGCCGCCCACUCGGAGCUGCUCUGCUACUUCGUCAUCAUCCUCAACCACAUGGUCACGGCCUCGGCCAACUCCCUGGUGCUGCCCGUGCUGGUCUUCCUGUGGGCCAUGCUGUCCAUCCCGCGGCCCAGCAAGCGCUUCUGGAUGACCGCCAUCGUCUUCACCGAGGUCACGGUCGUCACCAAGUACUUGUUCCAGUUCGGCUUCUUCCCCUGGAACAGCCAGGCCGUGCGGCGGCGCUACGAGAACAAGCCCUACUUCCCGCCGCGCAUCCUGGGGCUGGAGAAGACGGACGGCUACGUCCAGUGCGACCUGGUGCAGCUCAUGGCCCUCUUCUUCCACCGCUCCCAGCUGCUGUGCUACGGCCUCUGGGACCACGAGGACGACCCGCCGUCCAAGGAGCGCGACAGGACUAGCAGGAAGGAGCAGGGGGCUGAGGAGGGGCCCCAAGAGGAUCCAGGGGCCACUGAGGCCCCCACCAGGGACCCCAUGCAGGUGGAAGUGAGGGGCGGAGGUGAGGAUGGGGCCCCUGAGCCCCAAACGGAGCCAAAGCGCCGCAGCACGAGGCACAUCAGUCUGCGUUUGAGGAGGAGGAAGAGCGAGAGACCAGGGCCCAAAGGACCAGCCGCCAUCGAAGCUAAGGACGGGGAGGAGGACACGGAGGAGACAGAGGCUGCCUCGGGGAGACAGAAGCAGCCCAGCCGCUCCCGAGAAAGAGUGAGGGCAGCUGGGCUCCGGCUGCAGAGCUUCUGCCUGGCCCUGGCCCAGAGCGUGUACCAGCCCCUGCGGUGUUUCUUCCAUGACAUUCUGCACACCAAGUACCGUGCGGCCACUGACGUUUAUGCCCUCAUGUUUUUGGCGGACGUUGUUGACUUCAUCAUCAUCAUCUUUGGCUUCUGGGCCUUUGGGAAGCACUCGGCAGCCACGGACAUCACGUCCUCCCUGUCGGACGACCAGGUGCCCGAGGCCUUCCUGGUCAUGCUGCUGAUCCAGUUCAGCACCAUGGUCGUCGACCGCGCCCUCUACCUGCGCAAGACCGUGCUGGGCAAGCUGGCCUUCCAGGUGGUCCUGGUGCUGGCCAUCCACCUCUGGAUGUUCUUCAUCCUGCCCGCCGUCACCGAGAGGAUGUUCAACCAGAACGCAGUGGCCCAGCUGUGGUACUUCGUCAAGUGCAUCUACUUCGCGCUGUCCGCAUACCAGAUCCGCUGUGGCUACCCCACCCGCAUCCUCGGCAACUUCCUCACCAAGAAGUACAAUCACCUCAACCUCUUCCUCUUCCAGGGGUUCCGGCUGGUGCCGUUCCUGGUGGAGCUGCGGGCGGUGAUGGACUGGGUGUGGACAGACACCACGCUGUCGCUGUCCAGCUGGAUGUGCGUGGAGGACAUCUACGCCAACAUCUUCAUCAUCAAGUGCAGCCGCGAGACGGAAAAGAAAUACCCACAGCCCAAGGGGCAGAAGAAGAAGAAGGUUGUUAAGUAUGGCAUGGGUGGCCUCAUCAUCCUCUUCCUCAUCGCCAUCAUCUGGUUCCCCCUGCUCUUCAUGUCGCUGGUGCGCUCUGUGGUUGGCGUCGUCAACCAGCCCAUCGAUGUCACCGUCACCCUCAAGCUGGGUGGCUACGAGCCGCUGUUCACCAUGAGCGCGCAGCAGCCGUCCAUCAUCCCCUUCACGGACCAGGCCUAUGAGGAGCUGUCCAGGCAGUUCGACCUCGACCCGCUGGCCAUGCAGUUCAUCAGCCAGUACAGCCCCGAGGACAUCGUCACGGCGCAGAUUGAGGGCAGCUCCGGGGCACUGUGGCGCAUCAGCCCCCCGAGCCGGGCCCAGAUGAAGCGGGAGCUGCACAACGGCACUGCUGACAUCACCUUGCGCUUCACCUGGAACUUCCAGAGGGACCUGGCCAAGGGCGGCACCGUGGAGUACACCAAUGAGAAGCACACCCUGGACCUGGCCCCCAACAGCACCGCGCGGCUCCAGCUGGCCAGCCUGCUGGAGGGCACCUCGGACCAGUCCGUGGUCAUCCCUAACCUCUUCCCCAAGUACAUCCGCGCCCCCAACGGGCCUGAAGCCAACCCAGUGAAGCAGCUGCAGCCCGAGGAGGAGGCCGACUACCUGGGCGUGCGUCUCCAGCUGCGGAGGGAGCGCGUGGGCACAGGGGCCGCUGGCUUCCUUGAGUGGUGGGUCAUCGAGCUGGAGGACUGCCAGGCUGACUGCAACCUGCUGCCCAUGGUCAUCUUCAGCGACAAGGUCAGCCCACCCAGCCUCGGCUUCCUGGCCGGCUACGGGAUCAUGGGGCUGUACGUGUCGAUUGUGCUGGUCAUCGGCAAGUUUGUGCGCGGGUUCUUCAGCGAGAUCUCCCACUCCAUCAUGUUCGAGGAGCUGCCGUGCGUGGACCGCAUCCUCAAGCUGUGCCAGGACAUCUUCCUGGUGCGGGAGACCCGCGAGCUGGAGCUGGAGGAGGAGCUGUACGCCAAGCUCAUCUUCCUGUACCGCUCGCCGGAGACCAUGAUCAAGUGGACCCGAGAGAGGGAGUAGGAGCUGGCGCCCCGAGGAUGGAGGCAGCCCGCGGGGCAGGGGCCACACGGCGCGCAGCACUCCCGGGGCCGGGGAGCAGCUGUGACCUCUCCUCCCGGCCCACCUGAGCCCGGAUGCUGCUGCCAGAAGGAUGCUGUGUCCCCACCACUGUGUGGUGCUGCCGCCCCGUCCCCUCGCCCAGGUGGCUCUCCCGUUACGUACUGUAGAGUUUUCUAAUUAAAAACAUUUUUAUUUAUACAG